AUGGGAGUAUCCAGCCUUCUUUGCCCAUGGGUUGAGCCAAUUUGGUUUGGUGGCCCGUUGAGUUACCGGGUGAAUAGGGCAAGCAUUUCGACUCUCCCUGCUUGGGUGUUAUCUUUCUUCGGGUCUAACCUGGGUUCAAAGGAUGAGAUUGCAAGAAUUCUGAUGUAUUUGGCGGUCACUUGCUGGCAUAUAUGGAAAUCUCGAUGUAGCUAUAUCUUUGAUCACUUGAGUCUUGAUCCUAAUCGGGUUAUCAUGGCUACCUUGACUUCGGUGCAGGGGUUUUUGGAGGCUACUGAGGCUUCUGUGGGUCGCCCUCAGCGUGCAUGCUCCCACCCGCGUCCUCCUGCAUGCUGGGGUCCUCCGUGUAGUCCAUUUUUGAAGGUGAAUGUGGAUGCGAGCUGGGAGGCUCAAUCAAAAGGUGGGUAUGCUGGAGUGGUCAUCAGGGAUCACGAGGGGAAGUUUGUGGCAGCUAAACGGGGUCGGGUUGGGGCAACUAGUGUGGCUGCUGCUGAGGCAGCGGCGAUCCUGUUGGGUUGUGAAUUGGCUGUUGAGCUUGAGCUGGAUUGCAUUAUUGUGGAGUCCGAUUCAAGGGAGAAUAUCCACUGCUUGACUCAGGAUAAUUCACGGGGCAGCUGGGAGGCUUUCCCCGAUAUUUCAAAGGCCUUGCGGAUUGGGGGAAACUUUCAGGACUGUCGCUGGUCUUGGACUCCGAGAUCGGCCAAUUUGGCGGCGCAUGCGUUGGCGUCGAGAAGUAAUCCGGAGAUGUGCGAUGUAAUUUGGGUAAUUAUUCCCCCAUCUUCGUUGGUUCAUGUUUUGAAUAAGGAUGGGUUACCUUGUCCCCAUUAA